AUAAUAAUCAAUCUGUUUCUCGAGUUCAAAGUCGAGUACUCAAUAUAUACAUCAUGGCUUCGAGUUCAAUGAGUUCAAGAAGGUCAACAUGGACGGCCCAACAGAACAAGCUCUCCGAGAGGGCCUUGGCACGUUACGAUACCGAAACACCCAACAGGUGGCACAACAUUGCCAUGGCCGUGGGCGGCAAGACUGCGGAAGACUGCAAGUCUCACUUCCAGAUUCUUCUAGAUGAUCUCUACCAAAUCGAGUCCGGCCGUGUUCCCUUUCCCAAUUACAUGCAUUCAUCAUGAUCGAUGAUCAGCUACCGAUUGCAUUAGAUGGCUAAACAACUAUGUCUGACCAUCAAGAAAGGCCCCUAAUUACCCCCACCACUAAUUCAUCUCCUUCUUAUUUUAAUUAAUUUAAGUUGUAUUCGCAAAAUGCAUGCGCAUUCUCAAUUUCUUAAACUAUUAAUCCAUUUCAACACUAUGAAUCUGCCUUGCACCACAUUUCAUUAUAAGUUUUAUAUAUAAAAUGAUAUGGAGUUGGGUCUUUUUAUUUAUAAU